GCUAUUCCAUAGUAAUCUACAGCUUUGAAAACCUUACAAGCUUUGAAUUCAGGUCAAAAAAAAUAUUGUUUGGAACAAUUUGUAUGAAGUUUAGGUGGGGGAAGUUCUGCCAAGUAUUUUGCGGUCGGCUCUUUUUUUCCUUCCCCGUGCCCACUUAGGCCGCCCAUGAACCACCUCGAGAAUUGCAACAAUGACCUGCAACCACAUUUAAACGAUUGGAGAACAUGGCGACGCACUUCAAAAUUUCAGAAGCAAGACCGGCAGAUGCGGAAGCGAUAGCGUCACUUUUUGCUCUUUCGUGGGUCUCGCCCUUCACCCGUUUGCAAUUUGGCCAGACUGAGCCGGCUCAGCUGGCGGCAUCGAUGGUACCCCGCAUCAAAGAGCAGAUGGUAACGGCGAACUCGAAAUUCAUCGUGGAGCGACACCCAGAGACAGACAAGGUUGCUGCUGUUGCCCAAUGGACGGUGCCUGCUGAAGAAGAAGUGAGCGACGUGAACAAAGAACCGGAAGAGGAUCGUGAUGAGCGCCAACAGUUCGAAGAUGAAGCAUACAGGCGUAGUCUACCGGAUAACAGCAACAAGGAUCUCAUCAUGGCGUUCACGCUGGGUCUGCGACAGCUGAGAGAGGAAACCUUGCAGGGCAGAAAACAUUUCCUCUUGGAGAACCUGGCGACGCAUCCAGACUAUCGUGGCAAGGGACUAGCGAGUCAAUUAGUUGAGUGGGCAUGUUCCCUUGCCGAUGAGCAGCAGGUGUUGCUGUACCUGGACACCGCGAGCGACAAUCCAGCCGCACGACUGUACAAGAAGCUUGGUUUCGAAGAGCGGGGCCGCAACACCAUCGAGGAUCUCGGCAGGUACGCUCCUAUUGAGAUUAUCGAAUGGUUAGGCUGCGACCCCAAACAUACACAUAUUGCCUUCCUCCGCUUCCCCAAGGCCCACCUCAGCGCUGAUCAGUAGUUCUUGCAAGCAGCUGGAAAGUCUGCAACUGAACUUGGCGUUGCUCUCUCACUUGAGCAUUUGUUCCACUUGCCGCUACCCGCCGCUUUGCGUGACCACCCUACUCCCACCUCACACGAACUUUCAAAGUCUUAAUCGCUUGCCUUGAGCAGUUCUGCGAGCUUCGUAUGAUUGACUGUCUUGUACCCUUCCUUCCAUCGUACUUGGUCUGACCGACACAGCUGCCUCGACACCACCAUGACACUCAUGAUGCGGGCUC